GACGGGGAUGGCGGGGCGUCCGGCGUCGCUCUCGGCCCAGGACGUGGGAUCAUUUGCAUAUCUAACAGUUAAAGACAGAACACCACAGAUCCUGACCAGGGCUAUUGAUACAUUGCAUCGACAUAAAAGUGAAUUUUUUGAGAAACAUGGAGAGAGAGGUGUGGAAGCUGAAAAGAAAGCUAUUUCUCUUCUUUCUAAAUUACGGAAUGAAUUGCAAACAGAUAAACCAAUUAUCCCCUUAGUUGAGAAGUUUGUUGAUACUGAUAUAUGGAAUCAGUACCUGGAACAUCAACAGAGUCUUUUAAAUGAAAGUGAUGGAAAACCAAGGUGGUUUUACUCACCGUGGUUGUUUGUAGAAUGCUACAUGUAUCGUAGAAUUCACGAAGCAAUUAUCCAAAGUCCACCAAUCGAUGACUUUGAUGUAUUUAAAGAAUCAAAAGACCAAAAUUUCUUUGAGUCACAGGAAUCUAUCAUUGCUUUAUGUGCCUACCUGCAAGAGUUGCUGAGAACUGUUGAAGACCUAGAUGAAAAUCAGCUAAAAAAUGAGUUUUUUAAGUUUCUUCAGAUUUCACUGUGGGGAAAUAAGUGUGAUCUGUCUCUGUCAGGCGGGGAAACCAGUUCUCAGAAGACCAGUGUAAUAAAUUCUUUGGGAGACCUAGAACCUUUCAUUUUAGUGAAUGACAUGGAACAUCUUUGGUCAUUGCUCAGCAAUUGCAAGAAAAGAAGAGGAAAAGCCCCUGUUAUUAGAGUGGAUAUUGUUCUGGAUAAUUCUGGGUUUGAACUUGUUACAGAUUUAGUAUUAGCUGACUUCUUGUUGGCCUCUAAACUGGCUACCGAGAUCCAUUUUUAUGGAAAAACGAUUCCAUGGUUUGUUUCUGAUACUACUGUACAUGAUUUUAACUGGUUAAUUGAACAGGUAAAACGGUCCAAUCAUAAGUGGGUGUCCAAGUGUGGGGUCGACUGGGAAAACCAUAUUAAAAUGGGCAGAUGGGUUUACCACGAUCAUAUGUUUUGGACUCUGCCUCAUGAAUUCUGUGCAAUGCCUCAGGUUGCACCUGACUUAUAUGCUGACCUACAAAAGGCACAUUUAAUUUUGUUCAAAGGUGAUUUGAAUUAUAGGAAGUUGACAGGCGACAGAAAGUGGGAGUUUACUGUUCCAUUUCAUCAGGCUUUGAGUGGCUUCCAUCCUGCCCCUCUCUGCAGUAUAAGAACAUUGAAGGCUGAGAUUCAGGUGGGUCUGCGGCCUGGGCAAGGGGAACAACUCACAGCUUCUGAGCCCAACUGGCGGACCCAGGGGAAAUAUGGAAUAUUUCAGUUUGAUGGUCCACUUUGACUUGAUUUAGGAACUCGCAAGUUGUGUAGAAGGAUCUGACAGGCACUUUUCAUCCCCAGAAAAGCAGUGUGUGAAUUAGUCACAUAGCUGCUCUGCAUUAGCUCUGGGAAGCCUGGCCUCUCACUGCUCAUUUGCAUACACUCUGAAUGCUUUUUUUUGAACAUUUUGCCUCAUUCCAUUGUUUUGGGGAUAGAGGGAUUAGGCUAGUUCCAGAUAUUUACAUUUAUGUUGAAAUUUUAGUAACUUAUUUCAAGUUAAAUGCAUAAUUUCCAGUGGUUUUAAUGAACUUAUUUUUAAUUGGCCAUAAAGCAAAAUAUAAGUGAAUUCUGCUUUUGACAAAGUUAACAUUUUUUAUUAAUACUGUGCUGCAUGGUAUUUAAUAUUCUAGGAAGCAUGGAAUUUUAUUUAACUUGAUUUUGGGCUCUAGAAAUAAGGGCUCCAUGAAAAUAUACAUCUUACAUAUGCUUUGUAAAGAGAGGCAUUUCUUACAACUGUGAUAUUUGAACACACAUAAGUAAAACUUACCUCAUAAGUUAAUUCUAGAUUUUGUUCUCCUUGAAUUUUAUUUCAUUUCAAUAAAAAUUUCAAUGUUUUAUUUGCAUGCAUUUGAUUGACCUGUGGAAUGGAUGAUAGGAAACACCAAAUUGAACAGAAUGAAACAAAUAGUAUUUGAAGAAAUGUAAUAUCUUUUACAUUCUAUUUGUGAUAAACAUAACCAACUGAAAUAUAUUUUAACACAUAAGUGUUUUAGAUGAACAGAUUUUUAGAUUGCAGUUUAAAAAAAUGCUUUAAAUAGAAAAGAUUCUUAUGCAUUGACUUUGGAGUACUACCAACGGGUUAAUUAAUUUUUUAUAUUAUUACACAUUUAUUGGUGUUCACCAGAUAUUAAAUACUGUAAGUUUCAGAUCAGUUUGUUUUGAAACUGAAAUCGGAAAUAAACCUGGAAAUGUUUUCCUGCACUAGAAUAAUAAAAUGAAUUGUACUGAAAAUAUCAUUGUUUUUAUUUU